GCGUCACUCCGCUUACAUGCCCUGUAGCCGUGACGUCACCGUCUAAUCUCGCGAGGCUGUGACGAAACCCUGCGAAAGCUGGCCGGCAGGAGCAGUGAAGCUGGACGUUUUGUACAGCGAUCCGGGAUUGCGUGCUGUGUUAUGAAUAUCGGGAUUUACCCGCGAAAAGCGGGACUGUUGAACAAUCUGGGUAGUAUUUGUCAGAAAUUGUAUAUCAUCCAGUUUCACUGCUAAUUCCCUUCUGCUGCCUGAAUUUUGUCAAGAGAAUCAUGACGCGUGAUUUCAAACCUGGGGAUUUGAUCUUUGCGAAAAUGAAAGGUUACCCGCACUGGCCAUCUAGGGUGGAUGAACUUCCCGAUGGGGCUGUGAAACCUUCUACACAUAAAAUGCCAAUUUUCUUUUUUGGCACUCAUGAAACAGCAUUUUUGGGACCAAAGGACAUAUUCCCUUACGAAGAAAAUAAGGAGAAGUAUGCCAAACCUAAUAAGCGAAAGGGCUUUAACGAGGGGUUGUGGGAAAUUGAGAACAACCCUAAGGUUAAAUUCUCAAGUCCACAGAAUAUCUUGGCAAUCACUAAUGCUGCUCUAAGAGAGGCAGCAGAAGCGCAAAUGCAAGAAGACCUAGAGGAAAAUGAGGAGAAACUGACAAAGAGAAGGAAAUCAACCACAUCAAAGAUUUUAGGUAAGCAUUUGGAUUCAUCUUUCAGUGGACUUGAGUCUCCGGAGAAAGAUAUGAAUGCUGCAAAGGAAGAUACAAGCCUUUUGGAUCAACUUGGCAGUGAAGAUGCUGCCACCCCAAAAGUUUCCCCUGUUGUAGUUAAAGGCAGAAGAGGUAGAAAGAGAAAGGUUGAUAUUCUGGCUGAGUCUGCACAAGAGUUAGUGGCUGCACCAGUGAGUCCACCAAUACAGAGCCCUAAAAGAGGCAGACCAGCCACAGGAGAAGUCAAGGUUCCAAAACCUAGAGGAAGGCCAAGAUUAAUAAAACCCCCUCCCUCACCAGAACGAGGCAUGACAAAUGAAGAAGAUCAGAAUAAGAAUAAAUCUCCAGACAGAAAACCAAAAAAACAAACGUUUCAGAAAAAGGAUGAGGUUUUAGGCGACGAAGAAGAAAAACCAAAAAAAGACACAAACAAGAAAGAGGCAACAGUGGAUGCCGAGACCAAAACAAAAGUUGCAGCAAAGAUUGAUUCUCCUGCUCAGUCAGAUUCCGAUGAUGAUGAACAAGAAGAUGAAAAGAAGAGCAAAGGUGGCAAACUCUCCCAGGUGGCUCAAAAGCGCAGCCUGAAGCCUCAACCGGAAAAAGAUAAUUCUGACAAAAAGCGCAAGCAGGAGGAAACUGUUGACAUGGAGAGCCAGUCUAAGGAUGAGGUAAAGAACACUGAUGAUAAAAAAGUGGACAAGAAAAAGGAAAUGUCCACAGAUGCCAGACUUCAAAGGAUACAUGCAGAAAUUAAGAGCUCUUUAAAGAUUGACCACUUGGAUGUAAACAGAUGCAUCAGUGCUUUGGAUGAGCUGGCUUCUCUCCAAGUAAGCAUGCAGCAAGCUCAGAAGCAUACAGACAUGAUCACUACCCUGAAAAAAAUUCGUAGGUUCAAAGCCAGCCAAGUGAUUAUGGAUAAGGCCACCAUGCUGUACAACAAAUUCAAGAAUAUGUUCCUGGUUGGGGAAGGUGAUUCUGUCAUAACUCAAGUCCUAAACAAAUCACUAGCAGAGCAAAGACAGCACGAGGAAGCCAAUAAAUCCAAGGAACCUGGAAAACGAGGGCCUCACAAGAAAAUAGAGCAAAAUCCAGACCCAAAUACUUUUAAUGGUGACCGGGAAGCUCAAGAGCAAGCGCAACAAAACGGAGACAGCAGCGAGGAGACCGAGGAGAAAGAAGAGAAAACUUCAAAGUGUCCUGGAAGUGCAUCAAAAGGCAAUGAGAGCAGCAAACAAAGCCGAGAUGAUUCUGCACCAGACAACUAAUGUGGCAGCCCCAGCUCACACUCGUGUGGUCAUUUUCAGAUGGUACAUUGUAGACUGCUGAGUCUAAUUUUUAACUCAUUUUAUAAAAUCAACCAGUAUUUUGAGCUCUUUGGAGAUGAGACAUUUUUAUGUUUUCUCAAAGUAGUGCUGAUCUAUAUGUCCACUUGCUCUUUGGCACAUUAUGUGCUGUUUUAAUAGCAAAAUCGUUGUAAUGGACUUAAAAAAAGCCAGUGUGAUUUUGUGCACUUCCCUUUCAUUUAUUUCAGAAUAGUGUGUGUGGCUGUGCAUGCUGCAAUUGGUCGCUUUCCUUCCGCUCAUACAGGAGACACCCUGUAAAUCUACCCGGUACCGUGUAAAGUGCUAAGCCAGUAUUUAUCUGAAGCAAAGUGCA